GGUGCCCUCGCUGCCGCCAGCACCGGACGAGCCCCGGUACCGGGAUGCCGCAGGCGCACGCCCACGCCCGAGCCCCCCUCCGCUCGUCGCGGCGGAGGGGCCACUGCAAGAGCUGCCUCCCGCCCUCGGCAAGUGACAUGGAGAAGGAAGCCAGACCCUCAACCAGCAGCUCGGUGGCCUCGGCCUCGUCCUCCACGGCCACCUUCAAGGAGGAACUGCUGUGUCCCAUCUGCUACGAGCCUUUCCGUGAAGCCGUGACGCUUUGCUGCGGCCACAACUUCUGCAAGGCCUGCGUGAGCCGCUCCUGGGAGCAUCGGCACCACGUGUGCCCCGUCUGCAAGGAGACCUCCUCCUUCGACGACCUCCGCGUCAACCACACCCUCAACAACCUGGUAGAGAUGAUCCUCAAGGAGGAAGGACAGUCGCAGGGCCGGGCAUCUGUCCUCUGCCCCCUGCAUCAAGAAGAAGCCAAACUCUUCUGCCUGGAGGACAAGGAGCUGGCGUGCUUCGUCUGCCAGAGCUCCAAGCAGCACGAAGGGCACAAGAUGCGGCUGGUGCAGGAGGUGGCGGCGGAUUUCAGGGCCAAGCUGAAGUACAUGGAGACCUCCCUGCGGGAUAAGGUGAAGGAUUUCUGGGCCGUGCAUCGCUCCUACGAGUCCAUUUCCAAACACAACCAGGUGGAAGAGGUACGGUUGGAGGAGCGGAUCAGGAAGGAGUUUGAGAAGCUGCACGAGUUCCUGCGGGGCGAGGAGAAGGCGCUGCUGGCCCAGCUGCAGGAGGAGACGCGGCACAAGCGCGGCCUCAUCGAGGGCAAGAUGAGGCGGCUGGCGAAGGAGAGACAGGCCCUGCUCAACGAAGCCCUCCAGCUCCAGGCGGACCUCAAGGAGGACGACUACACCUUCCUCAUGAGCCACAAGAACCGCAAGCGCAGGAUCGCCUGCACGGCCGAGGAGCCCGAGGCUGUGCCCUCAGGGAUGCUCCUCGAUGUCGCCAAGUACCUGGGCUCGCUGCAGUACAACGUGUGGAAGAAGAUGCUGGAUACCAUCACCGUAGUCCCCUUCAGCUUCAACCCCAACUCCGCGGGCUGCUGGCUCUCGGUGUCUGAGGACCUCACCAGCAUCACCAACGAGGGCUACAAGCUGCUGGUGGAGAACCCCGAGCGCUUCGCCUCGGCCCCCUGCAUCCUGGGCUCCCGCGGCUUCUCCACUGGCUUCCACACCUGGGAGGUGGACCUGGGUGGCAUCACGAACUGGCGGGUGGGGGUGGCCCGGCCCUGCGGUGGCACCCGCUGGAGCUUGCACCACGAUGCUCGCUCCGGCUUCUGGUACAUCUACCACUUGCCUGGGAAGGACAGCGAGACGUGCCAAGCAUCCAACCUGGCGCGUUCGGAGGUGGUGGUGGGCGACCUGAGGCGGAUCCGGGUGGAGCUGGACUGCAACGAAGGGGAGCUUUCCUUCUACGACGCCGACGCCCAGACCCACAUCUACACCUUCCACGAGAAGUUCGGCGGCACCGUCUUCCCUUAUUUUUACGUGGGGGCGCGGCCGGAGGGCACGCUCCCCAAAGCGCUCCGCAUCUGUCCCCUCCGGGUCCGCGUCCAUGAGGAUGUCCCCGUCUAGGGGCCACCAUCUCCUGCUGCCACUGCCUCUGCCUGCAUUUGGGGUUCUCCAGGUGCUUUAUUUCAACUUUCCUUUGGAAAAAAAAAAAAGGGGGCAAAAAGUAUGUAUGUAUGUAUUGCUUCAUUUUUUUUUUUAACUCAUUAAUAAACA